UAUUUAAUCAUCAUUAUUCACUUUACACCAUUACCCUUGUCACUUCUUCCAAUAAAAAGUAGUGGAAAAAACAAGGAGACUCACUUUUGCAACCAAUUUAUGUAAGUACCUUUCUUCUUCUUCUGCCUUCGAAUUGAAAUCACCAAAAAAGAAAAAUGGUGGACUUGGCUAGGGUUCAAAAGGAGCUGCAUGAAUGCAACAGAGAUUUUCAGGUAUCUGGUAUUAAUGUAAGCCUUAAAGGUGACAGUCUGACUCACUUGAUUGGUACAAUCCCUGGUCCUACUGGUACUCCUUAUGAAGGUGGUACUUUCAACAUUGAUAUCACUCUUACUGAUGGCUACCCGUUUGAGCCUCCAAAAAUGAAGUUCGCCACAAAAGUUUGGCAUCCCAACAUAAGUAGUCAAAGUGGAGCAAUAUGCCUAGACAUCCUGAAGGACCAGUGGAGCCCAGCACUAACUCUCAAGACAGCUCUCCUUUCUAUACAAGCAUUACUUUCUGCUCCUGAGCCUGAUGAUCCACAAGAUGCAGUUGUUGCACAACAGUAUCUUAGAGACCAUCAGACCUUUGUCGGCACAGCUCGUUACUGGACUGAAACUUUUGCAAAAACAUCCACACUUGCCGCAGACGAGAAGGUACACAAGCUUGUGGAAAUGGGCUUUCCUGAAGCUCAGGUGAGGAGUACUUUGGCUGCAACUGGUUGGGAUGAAAACAUGGCUCUUGAAAAGCUGUUGUCCAGCUAGAACCCUUUUACCGCAACUCAUAUUUUGAUACAAACGAUUAUAUCCCUCCAUCAGAAGCAGUUGACCAGAAAACAGUCGCUCUUCUGUUGCUUGGGAAUCUUGUUUCUGUCUCCUUUAUGGUUUGCUGUUGACAUUUCUUCACAUCCUGUGAAGAUUCUAAUGUCAUUUUUACAAUAUCAAGCAAAUUGCAUAUGAAUCUUGGGGAGGAAGUGGAUUUUCCUUGUGAAAUGUUAUUAAAAAUGUUCAGCCUAAGCUUGCUUGUUGCUGCCUCCUUUUGUACAUUUAUUCUGAUAAAUUAAUGUAUUGCAUUGUUGAUCGCA